ACGCAUACAAAAUACGAGGCUUGUGACUUAUCUACCCUCACACUAAUUUUACCGGAUAACAGAUUGGGAUUCUGCAGCUUUUAAACCUUGGACGUGGAUCCACAAACCACAAACUCAGAUUUCUUGCUUUCUCUGAUCGAAACUGAAAGUUGAAACGACGUUGAAGCAGCUUUGAUUGGUUGUUGCAGACUCGCAGAGCGGCAAUGCACACCGUUUGAUCGCUUGCGUCUCAACCGCCGGAUUCAAUGGGGGUUAGCUGUUCCAAAUUCUCUCUCUGCUGGUUUCAGUCUCAGCUCAAACCCUCCGGUUUAGAAUCCUCUGAUCUCGAAAACGGGGGCAAAAACGACCGAAGUAAGUGGCCGGGUUUCAGUGAGUUCAGCUUGGAGCAACUGAGAGCUGCCACGUUAGGGUUCUUACCGGAAAACAUAGUGUCGGAGCACGGUGAAAAGGCUCCAAACGUUGUUUACAAAGGGCAGCUCGACAAUGACAGGUGGAUCGCCGUUAAACGAUUUAACAAGUUGGCCUGGCCUGAUUCUCGACAGUUCCUGGAAGAAGCGAGAUCCGUGGCGAACUUGCGGAGUGAGCGGUUAGCGAAUUUGGUUGGAUGUUGUUGUGAAGGCGACGAGAGAUUGCUUGUAGCAGAGUUUAUGCCGCAUGAGACGCUUGCAAAGCAUUUGUUUCACUGGGAAAACGAGCCCAUGAAAUGGGCAAUGAGGUUGAGGGUGGCAUUGUAUUUGGCUCAAGCUCUGGAAUACUGUAGUAGCAAAGGGAGGGCACUAUACCACGAUCUCAAUGCUUACAGGGUCUUGUUUGAUAAGGAGGGUAAUCCAAGGCUAUCUUGCUUUGGACUAAUGAAGAAUAGCCGAGAUGGAAAGAGUUACAGCACAAACCUAGCUUUCACUCCACCAGAGUACCUGAGAACUGGUAGAGUGACCCCAGAGAGUGUGGUGUACAGCUUUGGAACCAUGUUGCUAGAUCUUCUUAGUGGCAAACAUAUCCCACCAAGUCAUGCACUUGAUCUGAUUCGUGGCAAGAACUUCUUGAUGUUGAUGGAUUCUGCUCUGGAGGGCCAAUGUCCAAAUGAUGAUGGAACUGAAUUAGUUCGGUUAGCUACUCCAUGUUUGCAGUAUGAAGCUCGUGAGCGGCCAAAUGUUAAGUCCCUUGUCAUUGCUCUCAUAUCACUUCAGAAAGAAACAGAGGUUCCAUCAUAUGCUUUAAUGGGUAUCUCUCGUGAUACUGCAUCCUCAACUCCACCAUUGUUGCUAACACCUUUUGGUGAGGCUUGCUUGAGAAUGGACCUCACUGCCAUUCAUGAAAUAUUGGAGAAUACUGGAUACAAGGAUGAUGAAGGAAUUGCUAAUGAGCUUUCUUUUCAAAUGUGGACAAGUCAAAUGCUGGACAUCUUGAAUUCGAAGAAGCAUGGAGACUCUGCUUUUCGAGCCAAGGAUUUUGCAACUGCCAUAGACCGUUAUACACAAUUCAUCGAUGGUGGAACCAUGAUAUCACCGACAGUGUAUGCUAGACGCUGCUUAUCUUACUUGAUGAAUGACAUGGCACAAGAAGCUCUGGGGGAUGCUAUGGAAGCUCAAGUGAUCUCUCCAGAGUGGCCCACUGCCCUAUAUCUUCAAGCAGCUUGCCUAUUCAGCCUCGGGAUGGAGACUGAUGCAAAAGAAGCACUCAAAGACGGUACAAACUUGGAAGCCAAAAGGAACAAGAAGUAACAGUUGUAUAGGUUUCUCUUUUGUUUGUAUUUUCAAACUUUCCUUCAUUCUUCUUCUGUAGUUUUGUUCAGGCUUUUGUAUCUAUUCCAUAAUCCUCCGUACUCAUCGAUUUGUUCAAACAUUACAGAAUUCUUUGAUAAUUGUAAUUGGUAUGUAUUGUUACACAUUUCUGAACGUCUUAAUUGUAAAAGCCAGGAACGAGCUAUGUAGAUGGCACAUUGGUCAUCAUGCCCAUUAGCUUGUACUUUCCUUCUUCAA